AAACAGAAGAGACCUGAACGCGUCGAGCGACCACAAAGUCCACCAAAAGCCAAUCACACCCCCACCGUGCGUGGUUUUCCCACCUCGCUUUCAGAUCUCACGCGACAGUGGCUAAAGGAAACCAAUUCGAGACGUCGGAAGAAGGAAUCGAUCCGUUUAUAGAUCCAUUUCUCCCUCCUCCCCUCUCUUCUUCCUCCUUCAGCUCUUCCUCCCACCCGACGGCAGCGAAAGCGAUGAAAGGCCCCAUCUUUGCCUCUCCAUCUUAUUCUUUUCUUCCUCGUAUUGGCUUCCUCUUGCUCCGAUUCUUACUCAAUUGACCUGCACGACGUUUCGAGUUCCACACUUAUAGAUGGGCUUGCCAAUCUUACCCGGGAUCUCCACGCUCUGUCGAUCGAUUUCCGUCAUCGAGAUCGCUCCGAUUCUACUCUAUUCUGUCUCCAGUAGAAUCGAGCUCAGGUUUCAGUAGCUUGAGUUCGCGGGAAGGGCGGGCGACAUUUGCGGGAUCAUGGCAAGAUCGUCGAUGGAAGUCCUACCUCCGGCGACGAUGCCGUGUUACCCCAGCUCGAGGUCGUUCCCUGGCGAGUGGUGGAGCGGGGGCGGCGUGGGAACCGGCCGCUGGACCCCCGAAGAGAACAAGCGCUUCGAGUACGCCCUGGCGACGUUCGACAAGGACACCCCUGACCGCUGGCUAAAGGUGGCGGCGUCUAUUCCCGGCAAGACCCCGAGCGACGUGGAGAGCCAUUACCGGGAUCUACUGGACGACGUGAGCGAGAUAGAAGCCGGAAGAAUCCCGUGCCCUGGCUACGACCCUCCCUUUACAGUGGAGUGGGAGAGCAACUACGGCCUCGAAGCGUUGAAGCACCCUUACUGCGUCGCCGGUAAGAGGUCAGGGCCGCGAGCACCGGAUCAAGAGAGGAAGAAGGGAGUCCCAUGGACCGAAGACGAGCACAAGAGAUUUCUGCUUGGGCUCCAAAAGCAUGGCAAAGGAGACUGGAGAAACAUAUCUCGGAACUUUGUGAUCACCAGAAACCCCACUCAGGUGGCCAGUCAUGCACAGAAGUACUUCAUCAGACUCAAUUCAGGUGGCAAAGAUAAGAGGAGGUCCAGCAUCCAUGACAUCACCACCGCCAAUUUGCCGGAAAACGAGCCUCCCUUGCCGUCUCGGUCAUCAAGCUCGGCUUCAGCUCCUCCUCCGUCGGUCUCGUUCUCGUCGAUCCUCGAUUCAAAUCGACCCAACGAAGCAACCGCACUGCCAAGCUCAUUAGCACAGGGGAGCCAAUUCGUGCAACCACGCCAUGGAGUGACAGCUUAUGGGCCGAAGCUAGAAGCUCAUGAUCCUAUGUUUCGCGACCGCAACUUGCUGUUUCAGAUGCAAGCAAGUCAUCAUCACCCUCAUGGAUGAGAUUCUGUCGGUCAAACCAUCUUCUUCGUCUGCUUCUACUAUCUUAGAAAUAGUAGUCUCACCUGCAACGAGGCAUUCGUCCCAAGGUUAUGCGCUUUAAUUCUCAUGAGGUCCGCACGGCGAGAAGCACGGAUGAAUCCUUUCUUUGUUUUCCCCUGCUCCAAAGAAACUACCAAACGAUCAGAACAGCACAAAGGUCAAGAAGCAGGCAUGGAUUCAAGAUCCUUCCAUCGACCAAAUCAGACAUGAAGGAGAGAUUGUAUCAGAGGAGCUACAUGUACUAGUAAUACGAGGUUGUUUGUUCAAAUUAAUAGGGGAGUAAUCCGAUUGCAAUAAACAGCAUGGAUUUACAAUUGCUGAUGAAUCGAGGCUGGUGUAAAGUGAAGAGGAUGGGAGAGUGUGGUGAGAAAUCGCUACAUGAUAUUAUUGUUGAUUGAUUCAUGCAAAGCCAACGCAGAAGAUUCAACUA